AUGACAUCUGCUGAUCCUUUUUUAAAUUCUGAAGGUGCAGCAGGUGGUGAAAGAUUGAAAAGCAUCUUUGGCUAUGAUCAAUUAAUUUCCAAAAUGAAUACAAAUACUCAAACUAUUGGAUAUGUGUUACUUGAAGACAUUGAUGGAAAAUACAAAAUUAAAAUAAAUUGGAAGCAAAAAGAACUUAGAGAUAACUUGGCCUUUUUUUAUCUGGUUCUUUUUCAAUAA